AUAGCAAAGCCUAGUCUUUCUGUCUGUGUGGAAACAUUACGACUUCACAACAAUGUUCACGGUCCUCUUUGGUCUCCUCGCCCUGUCGUGUCUCCCCCUGUCGGUGCUCGGUGACCCUGAUGAUGCUGACGCCCGUAUGUACAGAGUGGACAUCACCCUUCCACCGAAGGAAGGGAGGGACGAGAAUGCCGACAUACUGGAGAUAAAAACAACAGUGGCGGGGCUUACUGACAUCAAGGUUCUGUUUUCGUUUAAGGAACUCGGGAAUUCUGUGGUUAUUCUUGUUCUACGUGUUGACAAAGCGUGCAGCUGGCCACAGUUGACGAGCUUUCUGGCACGCAAGGGCUAUGAGGUCAAGGUGACGCCAGUGUAUUACUGCAGUGACUUCGCCCGGGAACUUGGCCUGAACAUGACCAGAGACUUUUAUGAUACGUCUCUCGAGGAUGACGAGGAAUUAAUCAUCGGCAGACAGAUGUUUCCUGUCAAGGAUUUGACAACAACUCAGUAUGAUGAUAUGCUGAAAGAGAUGUUUGAGAGAGAAAUGAGCAUCUUGAACGCAGGUCAACGGGCGGCAUGUUUCAGAACUCUAGCACGUCUUCCAGUUGAGCCAAAAGUGCAAGAAGCCUUUGUCUUUUUCUCUGUGUGGAAACAUUACGAUUUCACAACAAUGUUCACGGUCCUCUUUUGUCUCCCUGCCCUGUCUAUGUCUCCCCUGUCGGUGCUCUCGGCGCCCCUGAAGAUAGAGAUGCCCGUGCUGUACAGAGGGGACAUCACCCUUCCACCGAAGGAGGGAGGGACGAGAGUGUUCUUCAUACUGGAGCUUAAAACAACAGUGGCUGAACUAAACUGA